CCAACAUCGCUGGAGUCCUAAAAUAUUGCAAUAUUGAAAAUCUGGUUCUAAAUAUCACCGCGGUCGUCCGUACAGAAGUCUGACUUCUGUCGUUCAAGAUACUCACUCUGGGAUAUAGACCAUGUCACGAGGCAGCAUAACAUAGCACCGACCCUAGUAAGUAACGACCUCGUAGUUAUAUUUCACAAGGUGAUGAUGACUUCGACGACCGUGCGUGCCUCGUUUUGCCCACGAGCGCCACCAGUUUUGUCACCAACUUUCGCGACAGUUUUGACUUCUCUCUCUGGGUCAAGUCCUUCCAGUAGCUCUUCGUCUCCGCUUCGGUGUGGAUCAUGUCGCUCGUUCGUGUCGGUCUCUGAUAUACGUCGGGGUAAAGGUGUCACAGGAGCUCCUGGCGAGCACUGCUACGGAGGCAACCGCGAUACCCUCUUCCAUUACAAGCGGGUGCGACUAAACAACAGUCACCUAUUGCCGCUGUCGAAAAUGCCGGAAAACGCAAGAGCAAGCGUCUUUGACACGAGGGCGGGAGUCAGGUGGGUCGUCUAUGAUUACCUAUGUAUAUUUUUGUUUUUCUUGUCUGAGCGUGCGCCUCACCUCCUCUUUGUUGUCGUACGCAACUGUGAUAGGGAACAGGAGACUCGACAAAGCUUCGCAACAAAUAUGAUAUUUGUUUUUUCAGUUCGACAUACUGCGCGGAGCACCAGAAAACCGUUGAAUUUACGAAGUAUCCAGGUGUAGUAGCGAAUCUCGGAGCACAGUACUAUUUUCGCGAAGGUCAAAAAUGUGAGGAAAUAAGGUAUUACCGGCACGCGCCGACGAGUAAGGUACAGGACACGGUUUUCGUGGGAUCGGUAGACGAGCGCAAGUUAAGGCAUACCCUAAGCUCUGUAUCAUCAGGCCACUUUUGGUUUUUUGGAGUUCUCGUGGGUCAUGCUGUGGUCUAUCGAAUUAAUGCGUCGUUGUAGUACGAAUUGAGUCUCUCUAUAAUCACGUUGACCGUACUAGCUGCUGCAAAAAUAUGGUUUAAUUUAAAUGUAUGUAAUCUUCGAUGUUUUCUUUUGCUCUCGAGUAAUAGAACUUGUAGGACUACUAGAAGAAUUCGAGUUGUUCUAAUAACGCGACAGGGGCGCACAGUGGAGAACUACUUGCAAGAGAAGACCAGGGGAUUCGCAGUGCAAAUCAUCAUGUGCGGUCGGGGCGUGAAAUUGUAUUGGAAUCCGAAGUAUCCUCAGCUUGCGGGCCGCAAAGGUGUCAGCGACAAGCAGCGAAACCUCACCCGGUUCUGCAAACUGGACCGCGAGGUGAAAAUCCACCUUAGCAAGAUAGGCAAUUUGGCCACGGUUUCCGGACCCACGAAGGCGCAGGUAGGGAACGUGGCCAUGCGACUCUUCUGGAAGCUCAAGUGUGGAGUAUACACUGGGAAGGGAGCAAAAAUUGCAUUCAAUUGGAUCAAACGCAAAGUGAAAAACAAGAAAUAAAGAUAUCCGUAUCUAUUCCAUUUAUACAAGUGCAUAGCACACAGGAGUUGCAUAUAUUUAUAUAAUACUCUGAGAAAAUAUGAAUACGACUACGGGUGCGAGUUGAUGUCGCUGGAUUUUCACGAAAAGUAAAGGAUCUGAAAAACAGAUACACGCUUUUGCUCUCUGCCAAAUUCAUAAGAUACACCGGCAGAAGGUGAAGGAGUAGCUGACGCAUAUAGAUGUAUCGACUUCGUCGGGGGUGUACAGCUUCCUAU